AUGAAAGAUAGAAGUGCGACAAACCAGCAGGGCGAUUAUGAACCGAAUAAUGACAACCCGGAUGAGUCGACAUACAACCACGACGAUGUUUCUUCUGCAGCUGACGAGCUACAUGAAAGAAAUGGCGCCACAAAUGAUAACGUGUCAAGUGGCAACUUUGGUGAGCACCCCCCCAAUUAUGAUGGUGGCCCGAACGCUGACACCAGCAAGUUGAAUUCCCCCAAUGGGCACGCCGAGGGGAGCAAUGAACCGAAUAUCGAAACAGACGCGAAUAAUGAAAAUGUCAGUAAGGACGUAGCGGAUGCGAGAAACCAAUAUGACAGCCCAAACAGUGCAGGCAUCCCAACUGGGGGUGCGAUCAACCAAAUGAACAACGCCAUGUACAACCCCAUUAUGCAAUACAACAUGCAGAACAGCAUGCAGAACAAUAUGCAGAACAAUAUGCAAAACAACAAAAUGAUGAUGAAUGGUGGAAAAAACUUGCAGGGGAAAUUCCCAAUGAAUAUGAACCCACCCAUGAACAUGUUUCAGAACAGUAAUGACAUGAUGACGAAUCCAUUACGCAUGCCAAUGUUUCCAGGGCAACCAAACCCUAUGUUAUUUAAUAAUCCUAUGCACUACAUGAACAGUAAAGCCUAUUUGAAGCACCUGAAAUAUAAUAAAGUCAUUACAGCCGACCCGAGCAUACCUCCAAAUGAAACUUUGUACCUAAAAAACUUAAACGACAGAAUUAAAAUAGACGAAAUGAAAAAAAGUUUAAAAGAUUUAUUUAAGCAGUAUGGUGUAAUCGAAGACCUGGUAGUUAUGAAGUCAUUUUGGAGAAAAGGACAAGCAUGGAUUGUGUAUGAUACCGUCGAAAGCUCAACGAAAGCGCUAAAUGCCCUACAAGGAUUUGUACUUUUUGGAAAAAUCAUGCAGAUAAAUUAUUCACAUAACAAAAGUGAUGUGCAUUCAAAGAGAGAUGGUACCUUUGUCGAAAGAUCCAAAGCACCCAAGAAACCAAAACAGAUCCUCGAGAGAGAACGCAAGCAGAAAGAAAUAUUCGAAAUGAUGCAGAGAAAUUAUAUAGAAAUGCAAAUGAAUAAUUUCCGAAUUAUGCAGAAUAACGAAUUAGAAAAAAGAAAAAAAAUUGACUUAAGUCAAAUGGAUAAACAAGAUCUAAUUGCUAAGGCUCAGGCGAAGGCCUACGAGGAAAAGAACAAACAAAAAAAUGAAGACUUUACAAAAAAUAACAAUAAUAUGUACCAGCCACCUCCUCCUUACUACCCAAUGAAUGCAUUUGCUCCCAUGCAAAAUAAUAUCGUUGUGGCGUGCAAAAUUCUGUUUGUUGAAAAUGUCGUGGAGAAUGUAAACACCCAAGAGUUCAAUGAUUUGUUUAAAAAGUUUUCCGGCUUUGUCGAGGCCAGAAUUAUUCCCCAGAGGAACGUCGCCUUCGUGGAUUACUCCGAUGAGGCGGCAGCAACGUCUGCGAUGAAAGCUUUGCAAAAUUAUGAGCUCCAGGGAUCGCGGCUAAAAAUCUCCUACGCCAAGAGAUAA